AUGAGCAAGCGAGGCAAAUUUGAGUGUGGUUCUAAAAUUUUCUGUGACAUUUUAUUUGAUUCUGUCGUGUGGCAUCUCGUGCCUUUAUUACUCAUACACUUCCUCAGAAUCGACUUUACCUUAAUUCCAUCGCCAUGGCUCGGGGAUUUCGCUGACGUCUCUUGUUCUCAACAAUCAAAUAUUGAGGAAACUGAGCAAGCAUUGAAAGGAAAGGAUGAGGUGAUUGCGGACAAAGAGAACAUAAUAAAAGGAAAAAUAGAGAUGAUCAAGUCACUGUCAACUGAAAUUGGCCUCUUUACAGGUUCGGGAUAACCUGGCAACGCUACUUGCUUUGUGUUGGUACUGGGAUACUCAUGGAGUUGGAUCCAAGGUCUGGUUCACCUUCAGCUUUGCUAACUGGUCAUCGUUUCACCGUAAAUUUAGUUUCCUC